UGCCCCGCGUAAACUCCUCAAAAACAGACGGCAGGAGGUGCGCGUCCAAGCCAAUGUGCCAACACUCCAACACCCUUCUGCACUUCCUCCGCCACGUCUCCUUCCCGCCGGACGCGCACCUCCUGCCGUCCGCGCUCAAGUCAUGCCCCGCGCAGCCCCUCGCCCGCGCGCUCCACGCGGCCGCCGCGGUCUCCGGCCUUGCGGAGGAUCCCUUCGUCGCCUCCUCGCUCCUCCACACCUACCUCCGCCUCGGAGCCACCAGCGACGCCCGCGGCGUGUUCGAAAGAAUGCCGGACAAGAGUGUCGUCGGCUGGAGCGCACUCAUCGCCGGUUACUCUGCACGAGGCGAUGCCAAGGCCGCGUGGGGCCUUCUGGAGCGGAUGCGGAGCGCCGGCGUGGAGCCGAAUGUGAUCACCUGGAAUGGACUGGUUUCCGGGCUGAACCGGAGCGGCAGCGCCCUCGACGCUGUCAAGGCACUUGUGAGGAUGCACGGGGAAGGGUUCUUGCCGGACGCCACCGGUGUCUCGUGUGCACUCUCUGCGGUCGGGGAUGUGAAAGAGGUCUCGGUUGGCGAGCAGCUGCAUGGAUAUGUGGUGAAGGCAGGGUGCAGGCUAGAUCAACAUGUGGUCACUGCGCUCAUCGACAUGUACGGCAAGUGUGGGCGUGCUGAUGAGAUUUCUCACGUGUUCCAUGAGUCCAGCCACAUGGAUGUUGCUACCUGCAACGCUCUCGUCGCUGGGCUCUCUCGGAACGCCCAGGUCUCUCAGGCAUUGUUGCUGUUCAGCGAGUUUGUUAGCCGAGGAGUCAAGUUGAAUGUUGUGUCCUGGACCUCGAUUGUUGCCUGCUGUGUGCAGAAUGGGAAAGAUUUGGAAGCGGUGGAUCUUUUCAGGAAGAUGCAGUCAAAAGGGAUCGAGCCAAAUUCAGUCACGAUACCCUGCGUAUUGCCAGCAUUUGCCAAUGUUGCUGCUCUUAUGCAUGGCCGGUCAGCACACUGUUUUUCUCUUAGGAAGGGAUUUCUUCAUGACGUUUACGUUGGCAGUGCGUUGGUGGACAUGUAUGCAAAGUGUGGCAAGGUCAGGGAUGCGAGGACGAUCUUCGAUGCAAUCCCGUCUAAAAAUACGGUUUCGUGGAAUGCGAUGAUUGGUGGCUAUGCAAUGCAUGGGGAGGCCGCAAAUGCUGUGCAGUUGUUCUGUUUGAUGCAGAAGUGCAAACAGAAGCCCGACCUAGUCACAUUCACCUGUGUCAUUGGUGCCUGUGGCCAAGCUGGCCUGACAGAGGAGGGGCGUCGCUACUUCAGUGAAAUGCAGCAUAGUCAUGGCAUUUCCCCAAGGAUGGAGCAUUAUGCAUGUAUGGUUACUCUGUUAGGACGGGCUGGCAAGCUUGAUGAGGCAUACGAUCUCAUAAAUGAGAUGCCAUUUGAGCCAAAUGGUUGUAUUUGGGGGUCCUUGCUGGGCUCCUGCAGGGUUUAUGGAAAUGUGUUCCUGGCCGAAGUCGCAGCAGAAAAGCUAUUUGAACUAGAGCCAGAAAAUACCGGCAACUAUGUCCUGCUUUCCAACAUUUAUGCGUCUAAAAAAAUGUGGGACGGGGUAAGUAGAGUGAGGGAUCAGAUGAAGAAUAUGGGAUUGAAGAAAGAAAAGGGUUGCAGUUGGAUAGAGAUCAAGAACAAGGUGCACAUGUUGUUUGCUGGUGACAAUUCACACCCCAUGAUGACUGCGAUAACGGAGAAACUAAAGCAGCUUACCAUUGAGAUGAGCAGGCUGGGCUUUGCACCGAGCACAGAUUUUGUCCUACAUGAUGUGGAAGAACAAGAAAAGGAUGAUAUCCUUGCUGUGCACAGUGAAAAGCUGGCUGUUGCAUUGGGCCUCAUAAGCACGAGCCCAGGAACACCCCUCCGGGUGAUAAAGAACCUCCGGAUUUGUGGUGAUUGCCACGAAGCAAUGAAGUUCAUAUCAUGUUUUGAGGGGAGGGAGAUAUCUGUUAGAGACACCAACAGGUUUCAUCACUUCAAGGAUGGGAAAUGUUCUUGUGGGGAUUACUGGUGAUUUUGCCUGCCUUGACUUACUGUCUGUUCAACAACUUGGUGUAGAAGGUGAAUGAGCAUGCAUGUCCCCCUACCUUACGGUGGAUAUUGUUUUCACGAGAUUUCAGAAAUACAUUGGUGGAAUACUUCCAUUGGAGAGACUCAGUUGGAACUUGGAGUUGAUAUUAAUUUUGUAAAUGGUUGAAAUGAUUAAAUCCAUGGAAGUGAGACACAUCAGCUUUCGGAGGAUGCAUCAAAUAGAAAAAAAAGGAAAUUUAAGCUUGACUUUGGAGAAGCAUUCAAUAUUAUCGAGCACGACACGAUCAUCAGAGUCAUGGAGCAUAUGGGCUUUGAUGCGAGGUGGAUUGGAUGGAUUAAAUCCGUCCUCUCCACUGGUACCUCCUCUGUCCUACUUAAUGGUGCCCCGGGGAGGAAAAUUUUCAAGCUAUCAUCAAUAAGGCUUGUGCUUGUCACCAUAACCUGCUUCAACUCCCCCUUCCAGUAACACAUCAUUGACCUUCCAGUCCGAGUUUUGGUGUUCAAAUCUUGCCCAAGCAGAGCACCCAUGGAGGCACAGCAAGUGACAAGUGUUCCUUGCGAUUUCGACAAAAGAAGUGGUGCU